UGUGUGAGUUGAAUCAAAACAGCUUUCUGUCAUGUCAUUUUAUUUCGCAAAUUGUAUCUUACAAAUGAUGGUGAUGAAUUCAGACAGAGGGAACCGUGGUGUUUGUGUGUGCGUGAACGUCCUGAUGCGCGGACGAAUCGCAAGCGCUUUCAUCAGCAGUCUCCACUCGCCGCAUUGGCUCGCUCUCCAAUCCUGAUUCCCAAACACCGAGCAGCACCGCUGAGAAGGAAGAACAACAUGUCUGUCUAGACCUGCAGGAACCGUGUGCACACAGGCUCGUCUGCUCCCGCUAUGGCCGGUUUAAGAUGAUAUGGGCUACGCUGGACUUGGUCGUGGGCGCGCUGCUGAAGAUGAUGCUCGGUGGAUUUUAAGCGCGCGGCGCGCAUCUCUCCGGAAAUAUGGCGACCAUGCGGGUGCUGACGGCGUGCGGGCUGCUGCUGGCCUUCUGCGCGCUGGCGCUGCUCGCCGUAGCCAUGAGCACGGACUACUGGUACGAGACGGACGCCCGCCGCCACCGCGAGCGCUGCAAGAAAUACGCGGGCAAGCGAACUGACCCGGGAUACAUCUACAUUUCCAGUCAGAACCUGCCGCUCCGCAUGCUGCCCCAGAGGCCCGAGCGUGGCGCCGCGAUGCUGAGGGAGAGGCGCGAUCUGCUGCCACCCUCCUCGGCCAUGGAGUCGCGCUGCAGUCGCAGGUUUAACUCGACGGCCACGGGCUUGUGGCGGAAAUGCCAUAGAGAGGGCUUCGAUCAGGAGAACGAGGAGCUCAUCUUUAAAGGUUUGCUCCAGCGCUGUAUGCCAGUGAAAUAUUAUUAUUCCUCCUCGAAUAUUCCACGCAAUCUCCCAGUGAACAUUACGAAGACAAUACGGCAAGACGAGUGGCAUGCUCUCCAUUUGCAGAGGAUGACUGCAGGGUUCAUAGGCAUGGCUGUGUCCAUCAUCCUGUUUGGCUGGAUCAUUGGCGUGCUGGGCUGCUGUAAGCACAACGAGCUGAUGCAGUAUGUAGCAGGCCUGCUCUUCCUAAUGGGAGGAACCUGCUGUAUCAUCUCUCUCUGCACGUGUGUAGCUGGGAUUAACUUUGAGCUGUCUCGCUACCCUCGCCAACUGUACAGGCUGCCUGAAGACAUCAGUCAUGGCUAUGGCUGGUCCAUGUUUAGCGCCUGGGGUGGCCUUGGCCUCACACUGCUAGCUGGAUUCCUCUGCACACUGGCUCCAUCGCUUCACAGCCCUCAGACCACCACUGUACACAAACCGCAGCAGGAGAACGGCAUGGUGUGAUGGACUUGACAAGCGCACACACAGACGAGGUACAUAGACCCAUAGAAAUACAUACCACAGGCUGCCAGAAAACCACCUAAACAAUAAUAAUGUGCAUGUAUGUCAUGGAAAGACAGACUGAUGGAUUUAAUUUCAUAGAAGCACACACACACACACACACACACACACACACACACACACACACAAGCAGACACGCUUGCACAUGCACACACUUUUAUCGAGCAUACAUCCUGUAUGUGUCAGGCUCCUGUGCACCUCUUCAAAUCAUAACAGUCUGAGUAAGUUUAUAGGGAUACUAAGCAGUGAAAAUAAACAAAGAAAAAUUUGGAAGUAACAAAAACUGAACCUGCCAUGUGUUUAAACAAAAGAGAAGAGCACAAGACGAGAACAAUAUCCAGUCCCAAAAUCUGUCAUUGGGAUUGUCUUUUAUUCUAAAUGUUUUUCUGUUCACAUGGUACAGUAAUAUCUCUCUCUCUCUCUCUCUCUCUCUCUCUCUCUCUCUCUCUCUCUCUCUCUCUCUUUCUCUCCCUCCCUUCCUCCCUUCCUUCUGCUCUUCCCUUCCUUCUUAAUCUGUCUCUUGCUCCUCUGUCUUUCUGCCCUUCUUCCCACUGCUUUAUUUCUUCUCCCUAAAGGAUCUGAAAAACUUUUAGUUAGGUAAAAUGUUAUGUCUUGGCGUGUCCUGGCAUUGCCUGCUGCGUAGAAAAGAGGAUAAGAAACAACAAACAAAAGAAACACUAUUUCAAGUGUCUUCCUGUACAUGUUAUUUCAUUUGUGGUUUCAGCAACUUUAUGACAAGAAGCAAAAAGAGAGCAAGAGCACAAAACACAGAAGGGAAAUAGCGUUGUCCUUUAUCCUGAUACAGUGUGUGACUAUGUACUACAUACUUGAAAUGUCUUGUAUGAAAGAACAUUUGAAGGGAUUGAAAAGCAGUAUUAUAUGGGUUUGAAAAGAUGAGAUUUGUUUUGACAAGAUUUACUAAGUCUUUUAUCUAAUAAAAAUGCUCAAAAUCCAA